UAUGUUGUUUUGAAUAUCCCUCAGUGAUAAAUUUUGACAUCAUACUGAUAAAUUAUGGAUAUUUUGUUUAAAGUUGGUAUCAAUUACUCGAUUAGCUGCUAUUCUUAUCAGUCGUUGCUUAAAUAUAAACAUAUAUUAACUCAUUAAAACACUCGAUUGACACGUAUUACACAAGACGGACGCUUUAUUUUAAUGUGUCGCUCACUGAUUAUUAGAUAGUAGAGUUAACACUAGAUCCGGGACAUGGACCAGGAAGUUUCCGCGACCCCUAAUGGAAGUUUACGGCACCGGCUGUCGGAUGUUACCAGUCAAGAUAGCGACAGUGGCAUAGUCUAUCGAAAUACACAUAGACCAUUCAACAUGUGGCGUCCAAGUACUUAUUUAAACGCGGUAGCCCCGAAUAUUAGGACAAUCAGGAAGAGAUCUGCCUCAUCAGUGGGAAGCGUUUCUAACUAUGGAAAGGACUCGUCAUCGUCAGUUGAUUAUGGCAGAGAGUUCGGUAAAAAGAGGAGAUGGAACACGCUGGUUACAGUUAUGGUCGUGCAAGCUAGAGCUCUACCAAAAACUUCGGACAAAAGUUCGAUGUACUGUAAAAUCAGAUUGGGGACCGAAAUACAUAAAACAAAGCCCGUUGCUAGAUCGCAGCAGCCUGAAUGGAAGGAACGGUUUCAACUCCAUAUUUACAGAGACCACUUGUUAAAGGUCUCCUUAUGGGACAAAGACAAACAGAAGAGUUUUAUGGGCAGCUGUGUGGUGGAUUUGACGACGUUGGACAAGGAGAGGACACAUGAACUGCGCCUGGAGUUGGACGAUGGCUUCGGUGAAAUCCAUUUAUGUGUUACAAUGUGCACCGUUCGCGACGACCCCUUGACUACUGAAGCUGUUUCAGGUGUCUCGUUGAAAUAUAAAAGCAACGUUCUGAAACUAGUAGGGCAACUGCACGUGACUGCCGUAGCAGCAAGGGGCUUGAGCUCCAAACCAAAUGCAUAUUGCACCUUGGAAUUACACAAUCAGAGAGUGCAAACACACAGUAUACAUUCUAGUAGCGAGCCUGUAUGGAACAAAAGAUAUACAUUUGACGUGUACGAUAUGACCUCAACACUGGAUGUUAAAAUAAAAGACAACUCGCUCAAAAGCUCCUUUGGUAUCGAGCACCUAGGCAAAGUAUCCAUACCGUUAUUUAGGAUAACGAAUGGCGAAUUGCGAUGGUUCGCGCUUAAAGAUAAGAAUAAAAGAAACAGUGCUAAAGGAAAUCAUCCAAGGGUCCUAUUGCAGAUGUCUAUAGUUUGGAGUCCCAUUAAAGCAGCGCUAAAGUUAUUUUCUCCUAAGGAAGUGAAAUAUAUAGAAAAACCAAGAAAACUGGACAUCGAUGUUGUGUAUAAGAAUGUAAUUUUCAUACAAGAUGUGUUUGAUUUUCUGCACAUAGUCGACGAUGCAUAUAAGCGGUUUUUAGAAUGGGACAAUCAAGAGCUAUCACUGCUGGUGCUGGUCGGUUGGCUGGUCUUCUGGUUCUACUUCAGGCCCUGGACUAUCCCGCUGCUUCUAUUGGCCCCAUUUGUACUCCAAUUAAUCGUAGGCCGAACUUCAGAUGAUAAAGUAUUGGUAACGUCGUAUAGGGAGUGCGGAGAUGCAAGCUUGAUGAACACUAGUGAAAGGCAUGACAAAAGUUUACCAGGAAAAAUUAAGACUUUACCGAAAGUGUCUAUAAAAAUUAUUGACAACAUAGAACUAGUGGUAUCGUUUGCGGAAAGAAUUUACAAUCUAGCUACGUUUAAGGUGCCAUUCCUGAGCUACGUCACAAUGGUUUUACUUUGUGGGGCGUCCUUUGCUGUAUAUUUUAUUCCAAUAAAUUACAUGAUGAUAGUCUUUGGCACAUACAAAUUCUUCAGAAAACAUUUGAAUCCUAGUAGAAAACCGAACAACGAUUUGGUUGACUUUAUUUCAAGGAUACCGGACAACGAGAUAUGGAAAGACUGGAAAGAAUUAAGCGUCCCGGAGCCUAUGCAGCGAAGCAGCGAGCGAAGCAGCGGACAAAACAAGCUUGUGAGGAGCGUCAGCGGCCCGGGCCCGACCACCGACCUAGACCCCCCCCUAUGACUCGCACUAACAAACAUUUAGAUCAAUUAUUUAUACCAGACAUCUAUACAUUUAGUCAAUAAAAAAUACUGUAUAGCUGUAUAGUGUGUGUGUGUUAAAGAUUUAAAGCAGUUAUUGUUAGUCACUAACUCCAGUAAAAUAACUAGUGGUUUUGAUAGUAUCUAAUAGUAAUAAAACACACUUUAGGUACCUAUCUUAGUAGUAUUGGCUAAAUGUACUGGCAGGCUUAGUUCAAUACACUGUAAAUAAUUUUAAAGGUAUGUAGAAGGUACUUUAGCGUAUAAAUGAAAUAAAUUACUAAAUAACGUCAUGAAAAUUUAUUUACUUAAUCCAUUAAACUAAAAUCACAAUUUGCA